CUGAAGGAGACACUCGGUGCAACUUUCUUUUUCUCAAAAUGUAAAUAGAAAUGGAAUAGUGUCAUAUUUUAUCAGUUGUAGGAUUUAGGUCACAUUUGUUUUGGUUCUGUUGGCCCAGAAUGCCCGGUGCUAUAGUACGUUUUCUGCUUUUGGAGAAGUCUUUGGUCUGCUUGGCAUUCACAUAUGCAUUCGAACCGCGCCAGAGUUCACUUUAAUUGAAUCCAGACCUAGGUUUUUAGGCGGACUAGAGUUCACUGUUUUGGUUUGCAUCUGAUUAAGUGUUCACAUCUCCCCCAACGAAACAGAGUUUGUCUAACAGAAAAUUUGUCUAAUCAAGCUGGACAAAUUAGCUUGAUUAAAGAGAGUUUGAUUAAAACAGGCUUAACAGGGCUGGUGGAAUGGACUCCAAAAAAGCCAAAGACCAAAAAAGUGAACUCUGGUCCACUUAAAAGAAAUAAAUCCAGGUCUGGUGUGGUUCGAAUUAGGGAUGCAAACCAUUAGUCAACUUAAGAUUAAUUGUCAAUGAAUGAUUUAUUAGAUUAAAAUUAGAUCCAAAGGAUAAACUUCUCUUAAACCUUCUUUUAGUGUAGUAGUUUGACCGCCAUCCAACACACGGUGGCAUUGGUCAUCCAAAACCAUUUGAUACAGAAAUAAAGAUGGCAGAACUAUCCCAGAAUGGGAAAGAGAAUCAGUCCAAACAAAGUCUGGUGUUGGAUGCAAAAUACACUUUUUGCAGUUCUGUUUAGAAAUAUUAACACUCGACAAACUCCUUAAGUUUCAUCUUAAUAGGUUUGCUGCAUGGCAGAGCAAUGUCAACUUCUCAAUAAAAUAUUACUGAGUUGAUAUGAAGGCGAGGAUGUGAUGGCGACAGAAAAGUAGAGAACAUAACUCAGAAAAAUUGUAACAUUAUGGAAAAUGACAUGGUGUCAAUAAGCAUGGUUAAUUUUGAGGGCUGUGUAGGUGUAAUAAUGUGAUAAAAUCACAAAUUCCAUUUUAUUCAGUCAGUAUUUAACACAGGUAACACAAAAAUGUUUAAGCACAAUGAUGUGCUUCUUUUUUAAAAUUCAGUAUAUGAAAAAUUUAGCUCUUCAUGUUAUGAUACAAAAGAAAACUCGGGUUUUUAAGAAAGUGGCAGCUUAUCAAUUAAUUGUCGAUUGAUAAGACCAAUCAAUUAUUGAUGAACUAAUUAGUCAAUAACUUCAAUCCCUAGUUUGAAUGCGUAUGUGAAUGCAAGCAGACAGGAGACUUAUUCAAAAGCAGGCUCAUGGUCUUUAACCAAAGACAAAAGAGAAAUACUGCAACCGCUAAAAUCUGACAUCAUUCAUUUUUGUCAGUGUCUUCUUCAGAGAUCUUCCUGUUGUUUCCUUUAGAUAGGGUUAGGGUUUGUUUUUACAACAGCAUGAUGUCUAGCCUUGCUGCUGUCUUGAGUAGUCGUUCAUUAUUUGUGUCGUAUUGAAUCUCUCCCACUUAAGUUCCUGGUUUCAAGCAAUAUCGACAACCAAGGGGCCUGUCAGAUUGAUCUAUUACCAAGGAAUUAAAGUUUUGGACAGAAAAUCUGUCAAAUUUAAUCAUCGCCAUGUUCCCACAAAUCUAGAUAUGAUGAACUUUGACACCGUUUUUAAACUUUAUCAAACUUUGUUUACUAUACAUAUUUUAAAUAUUCUGCCUUGCUCCUGUCAGAUCUGUAGGUCUAGUAACCUCUUUUGGUCAAACGGCUUUUUCUCUCUGAGACAUGAAUUUGUGGAAUUCUUAAUAUCAGGACUUGAAACUGAUUGCAGACUUGGUGCCUUGUUCACAUGAAGACUGAUGCAGUUUCUCUCAGAAGACCAGUCCUGUAGACAUGAUUAGCAGCAGCCCACGAUGGUUUUAUGAUGCCGUUUGUUUCAUUGUGCUCAGUUUUAAGGUCAUUUUAAGAUUUAUGUUGUAUAUAAUAUUUUAUCUUGCCAUGCUGUCUUACUGUCUUUGUUAAAAGACUUUUUGGAACUACUAGCCUUCACUGGACAGUAAAUUGCCAGGAAACGGGGAGGAGAGAGAGGGCAAAUUGCCCCAGCAAUUGAACCCAGGACAACCAUUUUGAGGACUUCAGCCUGCUCGUUGUGCUUGUAGUCUACCAACUGAACCACCCAGCCCCAGCAUCUCCCGUUUGACUGCCUUUAAACAGUUUUAUGUUGUUAGAGGUCCUUCUUGGGAUGUGUGUUGCAAAUGAGCUUGAGGCCAUAAAUGUUCUAGUGUUUCUUACUUAUGAUUACUGCCUGUUCCUGUGCAAGUAACCAAGAAAGAAAGAUCCACCUUUAUUGAUAGGCCAAAUUGUCACCAAUACCUGAUCUAGAAUUUAUUUCAAUAUUGGGGCAGAUACAGACAUUCUACAUCCACCUCCCAAAAUAGUCAAAUCUGUGAGUAGUGCCAGCUGCAGAUGUCUACACUGAUCCUGAGAGAAGCCAGUUGUGCUGAAGCUGAUUUUAUUUAUUCCCGUGUCGUUUUCCAAAGCAUUCCAUUGUGAGUGGAUCUCUGGCCCAGGAAGACCCUGUCUGCCCUGAAACCAUAUGUAAUGGACCAGCAGAGGGCGCUGCACUCUGAUUGCCUGGUCUCAGGAAUCCGCACGCCUCCUGUCAGACGCAACAGCAAGCUGGCGAGCCUGGGGCGCAUCUUCAAGCCAUGGAAGUGGAGGAAAAAGAAAAGUGAGAAGCCGAGGCCCCCUGGAGUGGCCGAGAAGAAGGCAGCUGUACGACAGAAGAGAGAUGAGCUCGUCAAGCGAAGCCCUGGGGAGAUGGAAACAGAGUCGGAUCUCGCUUGUGGGGGGAACGGCGAGGAUCCUGACACCCCGACCCAGUCAGACGGUGAGGACAGAGACGAGGAACUCAUGGCCCCCCUGGCCAGUGCCAGUGAGGACCUGGGAAGCGAUUCAGAAGCCCCAGCAGUUCAAGAUGUGGAAGAAGAUCCGAAGGCGGCUGGAGAAAUCAAUCGGGGCGAGGACGAAGACGCAGAAGACGGGAACGUGUCACUAAGCGACUCCAGUGAGGAGCGGACGAUGGAAACGGCAGAGGCUGCUGAGGCAAAACAGGAAAUGGUGGCAGCCAAGCCCCAGAGACGAGCCAGCACCCCUCCUCCACCAAGUCUUCCUGUCAAGCUGCUCACCAGGCUGGGCAGCUUAGAUGGUGCUCCUCCAGUUUCAGUGAAAAAGUCUCCCGCCACAUUACCGAGGAACUUCACACUCCCCAAAGAACCUCACGGAUCCCUGCUGAGAGGCAGGAUCUCUACACCCACCGGCUCUCCGCACCUUGGGGCCCUUCACCAGCCACUGCCCCCCAGCUGCAUCAUUGAGGAACUGCAUCGUGCCCUGGCCACCAAACACAGACAGGAGAGUUUCCAGACGAAGGAAGCCCGCUGUUCCCCGAAGCGCAGAGCGGAUGGCCGGCUGUCUCGGACGUCCAGCAUGGAGAGGGAGUCACUCGGGGAGAUGGACGGCAAGAAGAGGUCAGACGAGAACAAGGAGAACUGUAGCCUGGAUCAGUACGCCAGCGACCAGGACAGCUGGAACGAGUCGGUAAUCUCUGGAACACUCCCGCGCAGGAUGAGGAAAGAGCUCCUGGCCGUGAAGCUUCGGAACAGGCCCAGCAAACAGGAGCUGGAGGACCGCAACAUCUUCCCGGUCCGCAGCGACCAAGAGCGACAGGAAAUCCGCCAGCAGAUAGAGAUGAAGCUGGCCAAGCGACUGAGCCAGAGACCGGCUGUGGAGGAACUGGAGAGCCGGAACAUCUUAAAGCAGAGAAAUGACCAGAUUGAGCAGGAAGAGAGGAGGGAAAUAAAGCAGCGGCUCAACAGAAAGCUCAACCAGAGGCCAACCGUGGAUGAGCUGCGGGACAGGAAGAUCCUGAUCCGCUUCAGCGACUAUGUGGAAGUGGCCAAAGCUCAGGACUACGACAGACGUGCAGACAAGCCAUGGACCAGACUGUCAGCUGCUGACAAGGCGGCGAUCAGGAAGGAGUUGAACGAGUUCAAGAGCAACGAGAUGGAAGUUCAUUCUUCUAGCAAGCAUCUGACAAGGUUCCACCGGCCGUAGCAAGGUUUCUUCUGUGAAGAGUUGCUUAAAUCUGGUUCUGUCAGAGAAGACCUUGCAUCAGUGGCUGUCCUGAUAUUUGGGUUCAGCAAACCUUGGAGGCUAUGUCUCUAAUAGGGAGUCUGCUGGUAGGAGAGGCGGCAUGCAGCACGCUCCACCUGCGCUGAGGGGAAGCACUCCUUCACCACCCGGCCACAGCAGCAGGAAGGACAAAGAUCUGCCCUGCAGCUCCAGCAGACCAGCAAGGACUUCUUUUUGUAAACAGACUAUUUUCAAAGACUUUGUUUUUGAGGCCACUGGUGGUGGGGAGUGGAGGGGGUGCAUGUGAUGAAGUCAACCAGUCCCACUCCAGUAACGUUAGUCACAACCCUGAGCCGUGUGAGUCUCAACGAUUCAACUGAUCAGUUUCAUAUCAAGACUGUAAAAUGUUCUUAAUGAGCCCUUGUCAAUGUACAAGACAGAAAUCCCUUUGUAAGCACUAUUUAUUGUCUGCACAAUACAAGUUUUCUAUUGGUAAC